UGGGAGGGACGGGGGGCGCUGGGCUCGCGACCGCCUCGGUCGAUUCUGUAGUCCGACUGCGUGGCCGCGGUCCCGCUCUACGACUCCAGAACCUGUGUGUGCGCGUGUGUGUGUGUGUGUGUGUGCGCGCGCGUGUGUGUGCGCGCGGACCUCUAUCGAAGGAAUGGCCCUGCGAUAAAGUGGAAUGCGCUCUGCCGGGGACAUGAACCAUGGCCUGGCGAGCGUGGUCGAAACUCUGCUGCGGUCAAAAAUGGCUGCUCCUCCUCUCCCCCCUCGUCCUCCUCUUCCUCGCCAUCUCCGUGAUUACCGGGACUCUCCCCCUGCACGACGUUGACUGGCGGUCCUCCGCUGUGGAGCCCCCCGCGGAGCGACCUCACAUCCACAGCGGGGCCUGGAGGUCUGCUGCUCCAGGAGAGAGGCCUAAACAUUCGACGCCACCUCCCGCCGGGGAGGACAAGGAGAACACACAAGAGGACAAAAACAACACGAGAGAGAGGAGAAUUAAAGACAAACACAAAAGCAUCGCCUCUAGAAAAAAGGAGACGGCGCGCGCCAUCCAGCGUCCAACCGGUUAUCGGCGUCUCCCAGAGGACACAGUCGACAACACACGGCCAAAGCACAGAAUCAAGGAAAGCAACCACAGGGUGCAGACCUACAUUCAUCUUGGAAGGGGCAAACCCACAGCAGCACACGGCCUGGUGAACGGCAGGCGAGCUGCAGACAGACGGGGCAGAAAUGGGGACACGCAAAUACACGCCGGCCGCACAAGUAAAAAUCUAGCUGAGCAUCGGCGUGCUUUGGGAAGACACAGACAAGCCACGACGCACAUUGGGAAACCUGACGAAGGGGGUCAGGAGCAGAAGGCUAUAAAAAAGCCCUCUUCGGAUCUAAAAGAACACCACAAUGUCUCAGAGAGCCACCUCAAAGAGAGGAGGGGUCCUGGGUCCUCGGGCCGCAGGAAGGCUUUGUCCAAAGAAGACGGCGGCUGGUGUCGGAGCUUCAGAGACCAGGACUUCCCGGACAGCGACCGCAGGAUGAUCAGGAUCAGUCCGGACCUCCGCCCUGUCCCCUGGUUCAGCCAGGAUGACAUCCACAAGAUGGAGCUCCUAGCUGAGGGCCAGGUGGUCAGCAAGGCCAGGGUUCCCGCACACGGACAGGUGCUCCAAGUGGGGCUGGACGCCCCCCCACACAGGCCGCAGCCAGCACCUAAGACGGGUUCACCUGAGGCUGCACCCGACCCAAGACGGCCAGAAGGCCACGCGGAGCGCUGCCAGCGGGGACACUGCUGCCUGCUCAAACGCACCGACGACUGGUUCGAGGUGCUGGCCUUCCACCUGGACCGGGUGCUGGGCAUCAACAGGAGUCUCCCUGCCGUGGCGAGGACCCUCCGCAGCGACAUCCUGCCGUACCGAUACACCAGCGGCAUUCCCCGCCCGGCCGUGUGGUGGGACCCGGAUAUUCAGCACCUCGCCGACGGGGACAACGACCAGAACUCGGUGCCGCUCGGCUGGGCCCAGUACCAGACGCUGCUGCGGCUCCGCUGCGGGAGGGAGGCGGACCUGAGGUCAGCGCCCUGCGUGGGAGUUCACCACUCAGAGUGGGGGAGGCUGGCUCUCUUUGACUUCUUAUUGCAGGUAAACGACCGGUUGGACAGGUACUGCUGCGGCUUCACACCCGAUCCAGCAGAACUCUGUGUGGAGAACCUGCUCCACGACAAGUGUGGCAACACCAAGGACCCUGCUGUUCACAUCCUGGUGAGGAAGGCGGAUCCCUCCCGACUGGUGUUCAUAGACAACGCCGGCAGGCCGCAGCAGUCCGCCAACAACCUGAACUUCCGCCUGGUCGAGGGGAUUGAUGAGUUUCCACAGAGAGCCGUGUCGGUUCUCCAGUCGGGCUGCCUGGAGAGUCUUCUCCUGCGCUCCCUCUACUCGGACAGGGCGUUCUGGGACAGCCGAGGGGGGGCCGGCGGCCUCGGGCCUCUCGUCCGCACGCUGGAGCACCGAGGGAAGAUUCUGCUGCAGCACAUCGGAGACAUGAAGCUGCAGCUGAAGAGGGACCUGUGAGAGACACGUUGAUCCCUCAGCUUAGUGGGUCAGCUGGUCCGGGUUUAAAACAAACAACCCCUUUUAUUUAAAGGGGUCACAACAAAGACGACGUCCACAAGGGCAACUGCAGGUUUCAAAGUACUUACGAGUGUUCGGUUUACUAAAAAGGGAUCAAUUGGAAAUUCAAAGCCUCUCCAUGAUUGACAGAUUGCCUCCACGUUGUCCUCAAGAUGUGGACAGCUAUCAGCUAACGGUGCUCACAGCGCGAACCUGAGGGCUGAACCGGAGCUACGUUUGUUAGCUGCUAGCUUGAGGCUUAGCAAAACCACAACGGUGUCAUGAAAACACAUAUUACACACAUACUAAUAUGAGUCCUUUCACAUUGUCUUUUUUUCAGUUGUAAGAAUUGUUUUUAUCAAGUAUUCACUAAUCAUUUUGAUUUGAUUUGCAUUGAUAGCAUUGAUAGCAGGGAGUAAACCCUCAGUGCCGUUACAAAGAGGUCAACGCUCGCUGGGGACAAACCCCAUUAUAGUCACGGUUGAGUUUUUAAUAAGCGAUUCUAAUAACCAUGAAGGUGAAGCUCUUUGGCCCCUCGGAGAUGUCUUCACCAUGAGCUAGAGGUAGAGCGAGACGAGGGCAUUAAUUAGCCAUUCAUUCGGCCUCUGCCAACAAACUCCUCAGGGAGGAGGCGCCUGUUAGAGCGCGCUAAUUGUUUGAUCAUCAGCAGCACGCAGCGACGUCCCCGGAGCGGCCCGUUGGCGUGGGGACGCUUGUCACUCCAAAUACGUUCAUGUGCUCCAUGCGGCCGUCCGCCGGCGCUCGCUAAUCGCUCUCCGAGAUGCCCUCACGGGAGGAGCAAUGUGAGGCACAUGAAUCCCCCGCUCCUCCUCGCAGCCAAGUGAGCAGUUUAGUGGAAAGAAGCGGCGUCUAUUUCUUUCUAUUUGGACAUUUUACCGAGAGCAGGCGGCAGAUCACGUGACUGAUUUGGAGGACUGGUUUGUGAGAUAAGCCCCUCUGCUUUUAAUCGAAGGAUUACAAAUGUCUGUCGGCAAAUCGUUUUUGCCUUGAGAUGAAAAUGGACCAAAUAUAGAAGUAUUUAUACAUAUUGCAAUAGAUGAAAGAAAAGGGAUGAAGAAUCGAGUGUUUUUACACGUUUCCAAAGUUGGUCUUUUGGUAUUUGAUUCCUGUUAGACGAGAUUCUCGCCGUACCGGCUCUGAAUUAAAAUUCCACUGGUAACUUCUUGGAUUAAUGACAUUUUCUAUGGCUCCCUCUUUCAUCACUGAAUACUUGUCUCUAAUGAGAAAUGCCUCAAACGUGUGAUCCCGUCUUUAUCCCCACUUGAUCUCUCUUAUAUCCAAUGUGUUGCUUUUUUUCACCCAUAAAACCAGCAGAAAGUGAGCUGAUUUUAGAUAACAUUCAUUUCUCUGCUUCUAUUCGACCAUGUUUUUGGUCCUGUUCAUUACAACUCCAUCUGUAGUGGACGUGAUGACUGCCCUACAACGCCGGCAUGAGAGAUUUUUUGGACUUUGUUUGUAAAUCUAGAAACGAAAGGUCAGAGAGAAAGAUUGCAACGUGUAUGAGAAGACGACAAAUAACAAAGAAACAGAUUAAUUGGUUUAUUUCAAAUACGAAGCUGGAUCUCAGAAAAAAACAUUCACACAAACAUGGGUCAAAAUAAAUGUACAAUAAGGUCCUGAAUCCUAGUCACCCCCACCGGAAACCCCCCCUCUCACAUUUGUUGUUGAAAAAAAACACAUUCUUUGCACUUGGUCAAUUGUUUGUUCUUUUACUGUGGAAUGACGCAGCGAUUCGCCGACUAAUCGUUGCAGCUCCACGUUAUGACGACUAAAGAACCGGGUGGCCUUUGGGUUUGUGACCCUCUCGUCUCCCACUGCAAUGUUUGUUUUAUGGAUAAUCAUUAUUUCAUUGAUGUCUUUUGGAUUUCUCUGAAUGUCUGCUUUGUAUAGUGUAUUGUGCAAUAAAUCUUCAUUGAAGGAUGAAUAUAUUGUUUGGGAAUAUUAACGUCAAUGCUACCGGUUACAUCCAAUGCUAUCAAUGAAAUGGACUCUAUGCUGCAGGUUGAUGUUAUUCACCUUUGGAUGUACAAAGUAGAAUGCAGUUAAAACGAAAAUAAAUGGUGUACAACAUAA